AUGGCUUGCGGUGAACCUUCAAAAGCUUACGUGAAACAAAUGGAAAUUGCUAUCUGUCAAUUAUGCGGAGGAAACAUGAAAAGUUGUGGAAAACAAGAUGGUGAUAUUAAUUAUCAAAAACAAAUUGAUCCACCACCAGCGACGUGUGAUACCAAAAAAAAAUUGAAAAAAUCCCCGGUUCCUCAUCCAAAAGAAUUCUAUACAUCAAAUCCGAUACCAUUAAUUGUACACACGCCUCUUUUAGAAUAUAGAGUUACAUCUGAAGUACGUGGAAAACCAUCGAAUCAACCUGGAGUUUAUUAUAUAAUGAAUCACGGAUUCAUGGAAAGAUCCGAUGUUAUGGAAUGGGUAAAUAAGAAAAAAAGAAUGUCCCAAAUGAGGAGGUCGUGGGUGGGUGAUGGAAAUUAUAUCGAAACACAUCCGGAAAUGUUACAUUUUUACGGGAACACGACUCAUUUAUUUACAAAAAAUCCAAAUAAACCUUACGGAGAUUUACCCGAACCCAUCCCCGCCUACAUGCAAAUAAUUCCAGAAUAUCGAUACGAUGAACAAGAACAAUCCGAUGCUCAAAAGAAAUGUAAAUCGACAGGAGAGAAAAAAGUAGCCCCUCUACAGUUAUGCAUUCCUAUACCCGUAUCGUCGGAAAGAAAAGACACCAAUAGUAAAAAUACUGGUGGAGGACCAACGACGACACCAACAACAACAACAACACAAACGAAACCUGAUUGUAGUACGGGAAACAAAACAGAAACACAAACGGGGGGCAUUGCAUCCUGUCUUCCUGUGGGCGGUUGUCCUCCACCUGUUAAAAUGAUGCUUUGCUUACCUUGUCCUCCGCCGGAUUGCCUUGCAGAAGCUGCGAGUUCAGCAAAUCAAGGACCAUGUCCAAGAUCCAAACCGAGAGAUUACACGUAUAGAUGCGAAUCCCGAGAACUUAGGGGUGGAAAUCUUUACGUGUGUUGCCAAUGUAACAAACGUAACGGUUUGCAACACGAUUGUCCGAGAACUCCGUGUCAAGGACGACCACCCUGCCUCGUUAAACCAUGGCCGGAUUGUUGGCCCAGCGGUGGAUGUCACGGUAUAGAUUAUUCCAGAGAAAGAGGAUAUAAAAGAAUAGAUCCAUGCAGAAAUCAAAGAUUGUUAUUCGAUAAUAAAGUUUGCAGACCGCCGGGCGGUACUAAAGCUGAUUGUGGCGGUAACAUGAUGGUUGUCGUUUGUCCUCCACCGCCAUGUAAUAAUUAA